CUCUGCAAGACGGUCGGACUACCGAUGUGCGGUCGGAAACAAGCGCUCGCAGGAACUUCUCAUGGAUAUGCCAAAGUAGCGCGCGGACGUGCAUCGCUCUCUCAAACGGAUUUAUUACACACAAGGAUAGGAUGGGUUUUGUGAUGGGAUGUAAGUGAGCAUGGCCCUUUGGGCAGGAGUAUGGGCCAUUCUCCUACAACUGGCCCUCUUGCUGUUCUUCUCUCCGACUCCAGGCCGCUGCCAAGUUGACAGGACCCGCCUGCAAUUCACCCAGCCACUGUACCAUGCAUCAGUCUAUGAGAACUCAGCCGCCCGCACUUAUGCCACCAGCCAGGUGCGCAUGGGUGUUCCUCUCCAGCAACACUCAUGGGAGGUUAGGUAUCGCAUCACGUCUGGGGAUGAGGAGGGAUACUUCAAGGCUGAGGAAUACACUCUGGGCGAUUUCUGUUUCCUAAGGAUUCGAACCAAAGGGGGAAAUGCUGCCAUCUUGAACCGUGAAGUUCAGGAUAACUACAUGUUGACAGUAAAAGCUUCCAUUAAAGGUGAUACACUAGAAGCUUGGACUAAAGUUAGUGUACAAGUCUUGGAUAUGAAUGACCUUCGGCCCCUUUUCUCCCCUACCACAUAUUCGGUUUCCAUUGCGGAAAGCACACCACUACGGACCAGUAUAGCCCAAGUUACUGCCACAGAUGCUGACAUUGGUUCAAAUGGAGAGUUCUAUUACUUUUUUAAGGAACGAAUGGAGCUAUUCGCUGUGCACCCAACUAGCGGAGUUGUAACGCUCAGUGGAAAACUAGACGUUGAUUCUCAGAGCCGCUAUGAUUUGGAGAUCCAGGCUGUGGAUCGGGGAAUGAAGCUUUAUGGGAAUAAUGGUGUAAGUAGUACAGCCAAACUCAUUGUUCAUAUAGAAAGGAUUAAUGAGCAUGCACCUACAAUGAGCAUUGUUACAUUAGCACCUGUAUGGGCUGAGAAGUCCCCUGUCAUUGCCGUGAUUGCCGUAGAGGAUGCUGACCAGGGCAUUAAUGGAGAAAUUGAGAUGGUGAGCAUUGUAGCUGGAGAUCUUCUUGAGCUCUUUAGCAUUAAAAGAACAGAGAUGCAAAGUGAGGAAAUUGUUGAGAAGGAAGGAAGUCGUGAAGGAUCGAAUGAGUUUGUCCUUCGUGCAACAGAGCAUUUCAACUGGGACAGAUUUCCAUUUGGAUUGAACCUCACCUUGCAGGCUCGGGAUCGUGGAAUGCCACAGAAGUUCUCUGCUGUGCAUGUGUUGCAUUUACGACUGUCACGACCAGCCCUUGCUGAGGUCCUAUUUCAGAAGAAUGAAUACGAGGUCCUCUUGAGCGAGGUUGCCCCACCAGGUACGGUCGUAGAGGCUGUGAAACUCCAACCAGAGCCAGACGAUGCUGAGUACAUCCUUACACCUUCUGCAGAUUCAGUAUUCUUCAGUAUCAACACCAUGACUGGGGUAAUCAGCACAGGACAUUGGCUUACCCAACUCACACAGGAAGUAUUUGAGCUGGAGGUCUUGGAAGUAGACAGCAACCUUAGGGUCAAGGUUAGGGUUGUUCUCGAGGAUGCCAAUGAUAAUGCACCUUCAUUUGCUCAACAGUCUUACGAGGUAUUUGUCAAUGAAAGUGUUGCCGUAAGCACUACUAUUGUUUUUGUGACUGCUUCUGAUGGUGACCAUGGGGAAAAUGGUUACAUCACGUACAGCAUGGCAAGCUUGACACCAUUACCCUUCAGCGUGCAACAGUUCACUGGUGCUGUCACUACAACAAAGGAACUUGACUUUGAGUCGUCUCCUGAGAGAUUCAGUUUUGUGGUUCGUGCUUCCGACUGGGGCUCCCCUUACAGGCGUGAAAGUGAAGUCAACGUCACUGUGCAUCUAGAGAAUGUUAAUGAUAACAAGCCCCUAUUUGAGAAAGUAGCCUGUGUAGGCAUAAUCUCUCGUGACCUUCCGGUUGGUGAGGUCAUUACCACCAUGUCUGCCAUAGACAUUGAUGAACUUGAACUGGUCAAGUACAAGAUUCUCUCAGGGAACGAACGAGGAUACUUUGAUUUAAAUCCCGAUUCCGGGGUCAUGACCUUGCAGCGCUCCCUCACCACUGCGGUGCCCAACAACUACUUUAGUUUAAAAAUAACUGCCACAGAUGGAGAAUGUUUCUCCGAUCCUAUGUUUGUGAAUAUAUCUGUAGUGCAAGGGAAGUUGCCACCCAAGAGCUUUAGUUGUACUGAGACUGGAGUUGCCCAAAGGCUGGCUGAGAAGCUUCUGAAGAAAGCCAAAGCUAACAAACCCAAAAUAGAGGAAGGAUUUAUUGACCUGUUCUCUGUGAAUCAUCAUGCGCCACAGUUUGAUAAAUCCUUCCCAACAGACAUCACUGUGCGUGAGGAUGUAGAAGUUGCCACAAGUGUGUUUCAGGUGAAAGCCUAUGAUGGCGACACAGGGUUCAAUGGACAGCUUUUAUACGCCAUAGCUGAUGGUAAUACAGACAGCUGUUUUACCAUUGGAAUCCUUAGUGGCAUAAUAAGCAUCUUUCUUCCACUAGACCGUGAAAGGACUGACAGAUACCUUCUAAACAUCACACUGUAUGAUUUAGGCCAGCCACAAAGAUCCACCUGGCGCCUUCUAACGAUUUACAUAGCGGAUGCAAAUGAUAAUGCACCACAGUUUCUUCAAGAAGGUGGCUAUCAGGCCCGCAUCCCAGAGAACACCCCAAUUGGUACCGAGGUGAUCCAAGUGGAAGCUACUGAUAAAGAUCAAGGUCUCAAUGGUGAGAUCCAAUAUUCCCUACUCACCAGUACAUCACAAUUUGGCAUUAACAGCUCCAAUGGGAUUGUGUAUGUGGCAGGCCAACUGGACCGUGAAUUUAUUCCAUCCUUCAUACUUAAAGUGGAAGCACGAGACAAGGCAGAGCGAGCAGACCAGCAAUUUUCUGUAACACCUCUACGGAUUGCACUCGAAGAUGUUAACGACUGUCCACCUGCGUUUAUACCAAGUGUAGUAAAUGGCCGUGCACUUGAAGACCUCCCAGUGGGCACUGUCAUUGCUUGGUUGGACACGCAAGACCCUGACCUUGGACUUGGUGGGCAGGUGCAAUACUCACUCGCGAAUGACUAUGAUGGCCGUUUCGAACUUGACAAGACUAGUGGUGCCAUUCGUCUAACUAAGGAACUGGAUUAUGAAACUCAACAGUUCUUCAACCUAACGGUUCGGGCAAAAGACAAAGGACGACCUGUAUCGCUCCUUUCAGUUAGCUUUGUAGAACUAGAGGUGGUGGAUGUCAACGAAAACCUCUAUGCACCGUAUUUCUCAAAUUUCGCUAUGAACGGAUCUGUGAAGGAAAGUUCUCGCAUUGGUACCUCUGUGCUGCAGGUGUCGGCACGGGAUGAUGACACAGGCAGGGACGGUGAGGUGCAGUAUUCCAUACGUGAUGGCAACGGUCUUGGGAGGUUCACCAUCGACGAGGAGACAGGUGUAAUCUACACUACAGAUCUGUUGGAUCGAGAGACACAGGACUCCUAUUGGCUGACAGUGUAUGCCACAGAUCUGGGCGUGGUUCCACAAUCAGCGGCAUUACAGGUGUACAUACAGGUUGAAGAUGUCAAUGACAACGCUCCGCUCACAUCUGAACCGAUGUAUCACGCCACCAUUCCAGAAAACUCCCCGAAGGACCAGUCAGUCAUUCAGAUCCAUGCGCAGGACCCUGACGCCACAGCAACUGAGCCCCGCCUCUCAUUCCGCAUCUCCAGCGGCAACCCGCAGAACUUCUUCAGCAUCAACUCACGCACCGGUCUGAUAACCACAACCUCUCGGAAACUGGAUCGCGAACAACAAGCUGAGCACGUACUGGAGGUGACAGUAUCAGAUGGCGGUCCCUCCCCCAGGCACACCACAGUAUGGGUGGUGAUCCAGGUAUUGGAUGUUAACGAUAACAAACCGAUAUUUCCAGAGAAGGUGUAUCAGGUCCGUUUACCUGAGCGCACCCGUAAACAGCGUGGCUCUCCCAUAUACCGCGUAUUCGCCUACGACCAAGACCAGGGGGCAAACGCUGACCUCUCCUACAGCAUCAUUGAUGGCAAUGAGGACGGGAAGUUUGUUAUCGAUGCCAAAACCGGAGUGGUUUUGUCACCCAAGAAACAGUUCACAGCUGGAACCUAUGACAUUCUUACUGUGAAAGCAGUGGACAACGGGCGUCCUCAACGCUGGGCGACUGCUCGUUUGCAUAUCGAGUGGAUUCGCCGUCCUCCGCCCAACCCUGUGCCUCUUGCCUUCGACGAGCAACUUUACAACUUUACCGUCAUGGAAACCGACAAAGUGGCAGAUAUUGUUGGUGUGGUGUCUGCCCAGCAGCAAGGUUCUACCUCCUUGUGGUUUGACAUCACAGGUCCUCGCUCUUUCCGCGAGAUGUUCUAUAUACUCCAGACAGCUUGUGGCAGGAACUGUUCUACAGAAGGUGGUGAUGUGGAGAGUAUGUUUGACGUUGAGAAAGGUGUAGGCACAGUCGUCAUUGCUAAACCUCUGGACGCAGAGCAAAGAUCAUUUUAUAACCUCACUGUGGAGGUUACCGAUGGAACUAAUAUAGCUUACACUCAGGUCCAUAUUACUGUUCUGGACAACAACGACAAUGCACCCAUUUUUUCUCAGCCAACCUAUGACAUCACAAUUGCAGAGGAUAUGCCGCCCGAUAUGGAGGUGGUUCAGGUGCUGGCGUCUGACCGCGAUGAGCGUCACCGUUUGACCUUUAGCCUCCAGAGCAGCAUUGACCCCAGCAGCAUGCGCUUGUUUCGAAUUGACCCAAACACUGGAAUAAUCUACACAGCUCGCCGACUGGACCAUGAGAGCCGAACUCAGCACAUUCUCACCAUCAUGGUGAAAGAUCAAGAGUUCCCGUACAGACGCAGCCUUGCUCGUGUGCUGAUUGGUGUAGAAGAUGUGAAUGACCACGCCCCUCACUUCACCAUGUUCAUGUAUGAUGGACAGGUGUAUGAGUCAGCUGCUCUGGGAUCAGCUGUUCUCAUUGUGACAGCACUCGAUAAGGACAAGGGCCAGAAUGCACAAAUCAGUUACAGCAUUGACUCAGGGAACACAGGAAACACUUUCAAAAUUGAUCCUGUUUUGGGCAUAAUCUCAGUGGCCCGUGAGCUGGACAUCUCCAACAUUGGUCACUACGUCUUGUCUGUCAAAGCGAUGGAUAACGGAUCACCUGCAUUGUCUUCAACAGCUGUCGUGCAAAUCUCUGUCACCUUGUCCGAUAAUGCUGGCCCCAAGUUUCCCCAAAAUGAAUAUCAGGCUGAGGUCCCUGAGGGCGUUGCCAUAGGAACUUCAGUCAUUACAGUGAAUGCCCUCAGUCUUUCCACCCUUACCUACGACAUUCGCCAUGGCAACGGAAACCGAACCUUCCGUAUCAACCAGUACAGUGGAGUAAUCACUAUGCAGAAAUCUCUAGACUUUGAAACUGUUUCCUCAUAUGUGCUAAUAGUCACCGCUAGCAACAUGGCAGGACAAACGUCUAAUGCAACAAUAACUGUUACUGUGCUUGACCAAAAUGACCACGCACCAGUAUUCCAACAGCUGCAUUAUCAUGGAAGUAUUAGUGAAGGGGCAGGGCUUAACAGUGUUGUGCAAAGUGACAAUGGUCAACCACUUGUCAUACAAGCAACAGAUGCUGACUGCAACCAUAACGCUCUGUUGGUGUAUCAAAUAAUAGAAGAAUCUGCCAGACACUUCUUUACUGUAGAUGCUGGUACUGGCUCUAUUCGAACAAUUGCUCAGCUUGACCAUGAAACCACACCCAGAUUCAGUUUUCACAUUAAUGUCAGAGACAGUGGACAUCCACAGCUCUCGGUGGAGCACCCCGCCGAAGUUACGAUUGAGGUGCAAGAUGUUAACGACUGCCCACCGAAGUUUUCCCAGGAUUCUUACGAAGCUGUUCUGUUGCUACCAUCAUACGAAGGUGUAGAGGCCUUACAAGUUUUCGCAACUGACCCUGAUGGCAAUGGCCAAUCAGAGCUCACCUACUCCUUGACGGAUGGGAGCUUAGAACAUUUCAGCAUUGAGCCAAGCACAGGACUGUUGACGGUGAGAAAUAGUUCGUUUAGCAAUGAACGAUUUCGUUUUAAUGUCCGUGUAUCAGACGGGCGAUUUUCCAGCUCAGCUCUGGUUACAGUCUUAGUACAUGAAGCUCUUGACAGCGGGCUCACUUUUACACACAGUGUGUACAAUGCUAACAUUGAGGAGAAUAACGGCAAUAUAACGACUGUUGCUGUGGUUACAGCACUAGGCAACAAGCUAAAUGAACCCCUGCGAUAUAUGUUGCUGAAUGCAGGUGGGAAAUUCCUCAUCAGGCCAACAUCUGGUGCCAUUGAGACUGUUGGAGUCCCACUAGACAGGGAAGAGAAGGAAGAGUAUGGACUGCUGGUACAGGCAGGUCGCGAAGAGGAUCGUCUACGUGUCGCAAGGGCAAUAGUCAGAGUUAGAGUCACCGAUAUAAAUGACAAUGCUCCCGUUUUUGUUGGAUUGCCAUACUAUGCUGCUGUGCAAGUAGACGCGGAGCCAGGGACGGCAAUAUUUCGGGUGACAGCAGUAGACCGGGACAAAGGUCAAAACGGAGAUGUCAACUACUUUCUGCAAGAUGAGCUGGGACAUUUUGAGAUGGACAGCGUAAGUGGUGAACUUCGCUUGCGGAGAGCUUUUGAAGCUGAUCUUUCUAGUGUGGAAUAUCAUGUUUUGGUCUUUGCCCGUGACAAAGGCAUGCCACCACUGUCCACCUCAGUCACAUUCCCAGUUACCGUUGUAAACAAAGCAAUGCCUGUUUUUGACCGUCCCUUCUACUCAGUCAAAGUGAGUGAAGAUGUAUCAAUAUGGACUCCAAUUCUGGGUAUUAAUGCAAGCAGCCCUGAGGGCCAGAGUGUUCUUUACACAAUCACACAUGGGGACCCAAACACAAUGUUUUCCAUUGGUUUUGACACAGGGGUCAUCAGUGUAAUAGCAACUCUUGAUUAUGAGACCAGCCCUGCCCACAGACUCAUCGUCAGAGCGACGGACUGCCUCACAGGUGCUAGAGCUGAAGUAGAUGUUGAAAUCGUCGUUUUGGAUGUCAACGACAAUCCUCCAGUGUUUGAGCAACCCUCGUACAAAACUGCCAUUUCGGAGUUCGCCAUGAUUGGCACGGCAGCAUUGCAGGUGCUUGCAACAGACAGCGAUUCUGAAAAAAAUGCAGCCAUUCGGUACCAAAUCAUACCAGACCGUAACAACAGCACUGACCACUUUCACAUCGACAGUAGCAGUGGACUGAUUCUGACCGCUCGCUCUCUGGACCAUGAGACCAUCCAACACUACAUCUUCCUUGUCAAGGCAACAGAUAAUGGUUUUCCACCACUGAGCAGCGAAGUGUGGGUAACUGUCGAUGUCACAGACACCAACGACAAUGCUCCAGUAUUCAAUCAGCUGCUCUAUGAGGCCUCCAUCAAUGAACUGGCAUCUAAGGGUCACUUUGUUACAUGCAUCCAGGCCUCUGAUGCAGAUCGUUCAGACGCCGAACGUUUGCAUUACGGCCUUGUGUCUGGAAAUGAAAAAAUGCUGUUUGAACUAGAUGCCUCUUCAGGCGUCCUCACCCUGAGUGGCCAACGGCGUCUACAACGCUUGCCCUCCGCCAUCACCCUGAACGUGAGCGUUUCUGAUGGCGUGUUCACGAGCACGGCGCAAGUGCACGUUCGAGUAGAACAAGCUAAUUUGCAUGCCCCCCAGUUCAUGCAGGGUAUAUACGAGGCAGAUGUGCGGGAGAACGCACCUGCAGGGUCAAAUGUCCUCAUGAUCAGGGCACAAGAUGCCGAUCCUGGCCCGUUUGGGAAUGUGCAGUAUGUUCUGCUCUCUGAUGCGGCUCGUGACUUGUUCAGCAUUGAUGGAAGUGGACAAAUAACAACUCUUGAGCGUCUAGACCGAGAAGAACGAAGUGAGAUUGUGCUGUCCAUUGCAGCUGUGGAUGCUGGUGGCAGAUCUGGAUAUUGCAGCGUUCGGGUCACUGUAGUGGACGAGAAUGACAACGCUCCACUAUUUGAUGCCUCAGAGUACCAUGCCAGUGUGCGAGCUGAGGUUGGGCCAGGUACCCUCUUGAUGCAAAUUCAAGCAAGGGAUGUUGAUCAGGGAGUCAACGGACAAGUGAGCUACAGCCUUUACAGUGAAGCAAGUCUGCAGGUGACUGACAUUUUAGACAUUGACCCUGAAAGUGGCUGGGUCGUCACCAAGGGCAACUUUGCCCCUUUACGAGGGUCUGUGCUGUCCUUUUUUGUUAAGGCCUCUGAUGGAGGUGCACCUGUCAAACACUCUCUUGUGUCUGUCUACAUCCACGUCUUGUCCACUGACGCCCACAUACCUGCUUUUAGCCAACCACAAUUCUCCUUUACCGUACCAGAGGACUUGUCCAUUGGUUCCCAAUUAGGGGCGGUACAUCUACACUCCUCAACUAGCCACUCUUUCUCAGCAAGCUUCUCAGUUGUGAUCGGUCAGACUACAGAGAGCAACAGUGAUGGAGUGUUUGUGGUGGAUAAAGAAAGUGGCAUGAUCAAAUUGGAUAAAGCCCUGGAUCGAGAGCUGAACCAGGUCUAUCAUUUUAAAGUUCUUGCAGUGUUGCAGCAGGGACGGUUGGACGCAGUAUCUGCUGUCGAUGUGGAGGUCAAAGUACAAGAUGUCAAUGAUAACAAACCCAUGUUUGAGUCAGACAACUAUGAGGCAUCAGUCACUGAGGGUCUUUCACCUGGAACUAGUAUUCUACAAGUACGUGCUAUAGAUCCUGAUUGGGCAGCAAACGGUCAGGUGACCUAUAGUCUUGCUCCACCUGGGCUUCUUGGCUCUGCCAGUGAUGAUAUAGAAGACCUUGGAGCAUACUUCACGAUUGACAGCAGCUCUGGUUGGAUAUCAACACUGAAGGGGCUGGACCAUGAACAGAGCCCUGCCCACAGUCUUACAGUCUGGGCGUUUGACCUCGGUGACCCCGCCAGCCAGUCAUCCUCGACGACUGUUACUAUAGCAGUGAGCGACUCCAACGACAACGUACCACAGUUCCUUCAGCUCCGUUAUUAUGGCAGCGUAUGUGAAAGUGAUGCACCUGGUGAAGUUGUGGUAGUGAUAAACACACGGGACAAUGACAGCUCACCUGGAAACCGACAGGUCACCUAUCAUAUUACAGGUGGUAACCGUGGUGGUGUGUUUGCGCUGGGACUGGUACAGGGAGAAUGGAAGCUAUACGUUAAGCGACCAUUAGACCGAGAAGAACAAGAAUUGUACCUGAUCAACAUCACAGCAACGGAUGGACUACACAUCUCCACGGCAACCGUGGAGGUUCUGGUUACGGAUACAAACGACAACAGUCCUAUCUGUGAUCCGGCUGUGUACUCUGUGUCCAUCUCUGAAGAUGUCCCCCAGAAUAAGCAAAUCCUUCAGGUUAAAGCUACAGACGCAGACACUGGCUCAAACGCACAGAUCCAGUUCUCUCUAUUCGGCUCUGGAGCAGAAGACUUCAGCAUUCAUCCUCAUACAGGCGAGCUGAAGACAGCCAUGGCAUUGGACCGUGAAAAGAUUGCACAGUACUCUCUGGUUGCCAGGGCAACGGAUGGCGGUGGUUUAUGGUGUGAAGCUGAUGUGGUGGUGAAUCUGUUAGAUGUGAAUGACAGUCCGCCACAGUUCAGCAUGCCUCAUUACACCGCCAGUGUUUAUGAGAACACGGCCACCAAAGCUCUGCUGACCAGAAUACAAGCCAUCGACCCCGACCUGGGUGUUAAUCGUAAGGUGAUAUAUUCCCUGGUUGACUCGGCUGAUGGUUUCUUUUCAAUUGAUAAAUCAUCUGGUAUCUUAGUUCUGGAGCAUCUGUUGGAUCGUGAGGUUAAAUCCUCUUACAAUUUAACGGUCCGUGCGUCAGACCAGGGUGUUCCUGUUCGUCUCUCCUCUCUUGCAAAAAUAACGAUCACCGUUCUGGACAUUAAUGAUAACCCACCCGUGUUUGAGAGGAGGGACUAUCUGUCAACUAUUCCUGAAGAUGUUGCCGUGGGAACGGAAGUGGUACAAGUUUAUGCUGCAAGUAAAGACAUAGGUACCAAUGCUGAUAUUUACUAUAGCAUCCGAUCUGGAAACCAGCAAGGACAUUUCACCAUCAACGUCAACACAGGUGCCAUCUCCGUGUCUCGGCCGCUAGACUUUGAAUCCUUCAAAGACUACUUCCUUACUGUGGAAGCCACAGAUGGCGGGACUCCACCCCUCAGCGCUGUUACCAUGGUAAACAUCAACCUGACAGAUGUCAAUGACAACGCCCCCAUGUUCAACUGCGACACCUACAGUGUGUCCAUUAGCGAGGACACUAACAUUGGAGACACUGUUGUUAAGGUGACAGCAGAGGAUGUUGACAGCCAGGCGAACAGCGACAUCCUCUAUUCCAUCGUCAGUGGCGACCGAGAGAAUCAGUUCUUCAUCGAGCCAAUCACGGGCCAGAUAAAAGUCAACAAGCUGCUGGAUCGAGAAACGAUGGCUGGUUACUCAUUGUCAGUGAGAGCUCUUGACAGUGGCACACCUGCCAUGUCCUCCACAGUCCAGGUCAACAUCGACCUCUCUGACGUCAACGAUAACCCGCCCACUUUCACUCCAGCUAAUCACACUGCAGUUAUACAGGAGAACAAGCCAUUGGGAACGAUUGUCCUGCAGCUGUCUGUCAUCGAUCAGGACGCAAGCCAUAAUGGCCCUCCCUUCCAUUUCAGCAUUGUUUCAGGAAAUGAAGGGGCAUUGUUUAAGCUGAAUGGGGAAGGGUUGCUGACAGCCAAUCGGAUGUUUCGUAGGUCAGAAGGCACUGAAUACAUUAUUAACGUGCAGGCCAGUGACUCCGGUAGACCGCCCUUGUCAUCGACGGCGACUUUUUUGGUGCGUGUAAUAGAGGAGAGCAUGCAUAAGCCAGUGGCAUUGCCUUUGCACGUUCACAUCGUAACCAUGGAGGACGAGUUUCCGGGAGGUGUGAUUGGUCAGAUACACGCAACGGACCAGGACGCUUUUGAUAUACUCACCUACGGCCAUUCACACCAGCAGAGCAGCCUCUUCAAGGUGAACCCUCAAGACGGCCGAAUCAUCGCUCUGAGUGGACUGGACGCGGGUCACUACACCCUUAACGCUACUGUAACAGAUGGCCGCUUCACUGUGAGCAUUCCAGUGAGUGUGCAUGUGGAGCAGGCCUCUGUCGAGAUGCUCCACGACGCCGUGACAGUCCGUUUCGAUCGAGUCUCCCCUCACGACUUUGUAUCCCGUCACCUCACCUCAGUCCGAAGGGUUCUUUCCAGUGUCAUGGCAACGCCCCGCCCUGACGCUCUGCAUGUGCUUAGUGUACAGCCCGUGGAAUCCACCGGGCAGCUGGACCUGCUGGUUGCCGUGGAGAUGCCAGAAGGGGGAGGGUUUUACAAGGCAGCGUUCGUGACGCAGAAGCUGAGCUCGGCUCGCCGUCAGUUAGACCAGGUUUUGAGAGUGUCGGCGGUUUUGGAUAAGAACUGCUCGGGUCUGGACUGCAGGGAGGCUCGGUGUGAACAAACCAUCACGCUGGACUCACACAGUCUGCUAACAUACAGCUCCACUAAAACCAGCUUUGUGUCGCCUAAGUUCCACAGGAACACACGAUGUGUGUGUAGCGAUGGGAGUUGUUCUGCAGGCUCGGAGUUUUGUGACGAGAUGAGAUGUCCUGGUGACAUGCAGUGCGUCGGCACGGACAGCAGCAGGGGACCUUACGCGUGUCAGUGUCCCCUGGGUAAACUGGGAGAGUGUGCAGGACACACCUCUCUGAGUUUCUCUGGAAAUAGUUAUAUAAAGUACAGAGUGACAGAUGCAGACAGAAGUGGAGAGCUGAAGUUAGCUCUCCGGAUCAGAACUCUGCAGAGUAAAGGAAUCAUCAUGUACACACAUGCUGACCCCUGCACUGUACUGAAGAUUGAGGAGGGAAAGCUGUGGUUCCAGUUGGAUUGCGGCAACAGUCCCAGGAGCAUUGGAAUCUCCGGCCGACCAAUCAACGACGGAUUCUGGCAUCAUAUGGCCCUAGAGUUACGAGGAAACUACAGCAGCCUGUCGUUAGACGACACAUACGUAGAACGUCGUCUAGCUACGCCUAAAUUCCGUCCUUUAGGAGCUGAUUUGUCUAUAUACUUUGGGGCGCAGGUAUUGCCUCCAGACGCCCGCAGCCUGACAGAACACAAAGGCCCGCGGGUCAGUAACGGCUUUCAGGGAUGUCUGGACUCCGUUGUUCUGAACGACAAUGAACUUCCUCUGCAGAACAAACGAAGCCCGUACGCGGAGGUGGUGGGAUUGACGGAUCUUAAACUGGGAUGCGUUCUCUAUCCCGAUGCGUGUGCUGCCCAGCCCUGUCUCAAUGGCGCCACUUGCAUCAGCCUUCCAUCUGGAGGUUUUUCCUGCAGUUGCAAUGCUCUGUACACUGGAGGGCGCUGUGAGACAGAAAUCAGUGUGUGUGUGCCAAACCCGUGUCAGAAUGGCGGCAUAUGUAAACCCAUCGGAAACGCCUUCAUCUGCAGCUGCAAGAGAGGAUACGCAGGCCCAACUUGUGAAGAGGACGUAAAUGAGUGUGAACGCGAGCUGUGUGAGAAUGGCGGCAUGUGCGUCAACACUUUCGGCUCGUUCUACUGCAACUGCACGCUGGGUUUCGUGGGGAGCGCUUGUUCCGUUCGCCCUGUGCUGGUUCCUGACAUGCAGGCUGGCCAUGCCUAUGUGGGGAAGGAGGAGCUCAUCGGCAUCGCAGUCGUGCUCUUCCUUAUCCUCACACUCAUAUUCCUGUUCAUUGCCUUCCGGAAGAAGGUUUUCCAGAAGAGCUAUUCGCGGAAUAACCUCUCCAUGAUUCAGGAUCCGGCUACGGCUGCCCUGUUGCACAAAGCCAACGGCGGGCAUUACCCACUGCGCUGCACCAUUGGAGAGCCAAUCAGCUUGUACACAGAUGGAAGUAUGAUCGGCCCACCUCAGGUUCCCAUCAGACCCAUGGCGUACACGCCGUGUUUUCCUGGAGAUGCCCGGGGAACCCUUGAGAAACGGGCAGGAGAUAGCAGAGGCAUGGAGCUAAUGGAAAUGAGCACUUUCCAUCCAUCGGAGUCACCACGGAUACUAGGUGGAACCAACCGAAGGGGCUUGGUCGUGUGUAGCGUUGCGCCAAAUUUGCCACCUGUAUCGCCAUGCCGGUCUGACUGUGACUCACUACGCAAGAGCCCCUGGGAAGAGGAAGGUAAAGUGGAUUUGCUGGAGGACGUCACUUGUUUCUCAGGCAGUAACAAGGGCAGCAAUUCUGAGGUCCAUUCGCUGAGCUCCUUUCAGUCCGACUCUUGUGACGAUAAUGCUUCCAUAGUGACGGUAAUACGGCUGGUCAAUGAUGCAGUCGACACGAUUGAAAACGAAGUGUCCGUUAUGGAUCAAGGUCAGAACUUCAACAGAGCGUACCACUGGGACACUUCUGACUGGUUGCCGAGCACACGCCUACCUGACAUAGAGGAAGUACCCACUUAUGAGACCAAUGAAGUGGCUGUGGCCUUAGAAUCCGAUUAUUACCUUGGCGGAUUUGACAUCGACAGUGACUACCCGCCACCUCAGGAGGAGGAGUUUUUGUCGCAGGACCAGUUGCCCCUACCCCUUCCCACUGAAGAAUACGACACCUCACCCCCCAAUCAACCCACCUCCAGGGACAGCACGCUCAGUGGGGACCGUAAGCCCCGCCCACGAUUCCACCCCAGCCAAUACCUGCCCCCGCAUCAGCUGCCACUUGGCUCCGCGGGGGAAGAGUUUAGCACUUUUUCUGGCAGGGAAGAGCAUCUGUCCGUCAACACCUCCUCGGUCUCCGAUGUUUCCUCCACUCCCUGUGGGGACUCAGAAAUGGGAAGCUUGAAUAGUCUGGAGGAUGCACACACACAGCUAUUUACACAGCAGACUGAGGUGUGAUACACACUCAGAUAUGCUUAUACACACAUAUAAACAACAUUAGGAACUAAAAACACUGUUAUUAAAGUUUACAGAUGCGCUUUCAGACAUAAAAGGCUCUGAACUGUUGCAUCUGUCAGAGCUUGUAAGAACGACACAAUUUAAGUGAGACCGAUGCAGCAGACAGACAGUCUGCGGACCGUUGACGCCACAGACAGACUCUCGGUUCCACCCUCAUCGUGAGCUGGAAGCAAAGCUGCCCUAGUAUGAAAGCACAGCAAGUGACAGGAAGUGAUGUCAUGGGUGGGAACCCAUGGUGGGAACCAAAAAAGCAACAAGAAGUGUUUUAGCAAAUGGAGACCAAUGAUCUGUAGACAUGUUUCCACAAAUCUCUUGGUAUAUUCCUUCCAGUUCCUGUCAUAGAUGUUUUUGGUGUGUUUGAAAGAGAUGGAGAGUUUAACUCUGUUCCAGAACCUAGUGAGCUGCCUACCUUGACAGCAUUUUAAGAAUUCAUAGACCCUGAUGUGAAGACUAACAACAUUAUGCUGCCUUGUAUGAUACCUCGCGAAUUCUAAAGACAGCAAAAUACUCCUAGCAAAGUAAAAAUAAAUAAAAACAACAGAUGUUAUUCAUACUGCCAUUGGUCCACAUCAAUUGUGGGUUUGACCUGGUGAUUCACCUACUUUGAUGCCAACAUCUGGCAUCAGUUGAGAUCAAUCAGAUAAGUGCAGGGUUUCUGAGCGGGUGCAAACUUAAAGCUUUUGCAGUGUUAUAAUACUUUCUCCUAUCCCAACUUAAUAUGCAGAUACAACUAGAAGUAAGCCAUUCAUUGGUUAAUUUUCUCUAUAUAAAAGUUAUACGUGACCUGUUUAGACCGACCCCAGCAACAUUACUCAACAUUACAUUAUCUCAAUCAGCUCCUUAGUUCAGUAGUCAGGGCACUGAUCAGAAACCCCACAACCACCCCUCCCAAUCCCGACCACCAACAAAUAUCCCCAUGGUCAGUCGGCCAUUUUAAGGGCUGUCUCAAUACCAAAAUUGUUCCAGUGCACUGAAACGUUCGCUCCCUAAAAAAAUCCCACAAUGUACCAUAAAUACCAGGGAGCAUCGUUGCUUACUAUGUUCCCUUACCGGAAACGUCAUCAUGUCUUCUGAAGUCUCUCAACUCAUUAGAAGACAAGCACAAGUGUAAAUAUAUGAUGUCAAAGCCUGACACAUAGAGACAUUUUCCAAGACCAUAUCAUGUGUCGGUCACGAAAGUCAAUACAAUUUAAUAACAGAUGGUAACCGGUACAUUGCGCUUUAGCAUUAUGUAUGCAGAAUUUAAACAUGAUAAAUCACACAUUGACUAUUGCAUACUGUACAGGGCCGGUACUUAGAUGCGAUCUUUGAUACAAUCUUUUUGAUCUUGCGGGUGGCAAGUGGUUGUCUCUUCAUCGGACCCCCCACAACCCCCCACUGUAUAUGACUUUAAAUCAUCACUGAGUGGUUCAAACAGCUCCUUUUAGGGUGUGUUCACACUUGGCAGGUUUGGUUCAAUUAAAACGAACUCUGGUGCGAUUGCUCUGUUAGUGCGGUUCAUUUGAACAAGUGUGAACGCUGCCACCCGAACCUUGGUGUGCACCAAACAAGUGGACCAAGACCGCCUGAAUAAUGGGUCUCGGUCUGCUUCCAAACGAACUCAGGUGCGGUUCGAUUGAUAUAUAAAUGCAACGUGGACCAAAGACGUCUAAACGGACCAAAAACAGGAAGUAAUUUACCUAAUGCUGACCUCAAGCAUUCCUGGUUGUUCUCAUCAUAGGAGCUAUGUUUCCCAUUACAGUUCGGUACUGGUGUCGGAACUGCAGUCAGCUGUUCUUGCAGCAUAUCUUCGUUUGUGUGCACAACGGAGGAAUUCCUGCCGCUGUUUUGACUCCUUUACACAUUAUAUUAACUCUUCUUUGUUCUCAGAAGGUAGAAAUACCACCAUGUAUACAUAUAUAAAUAAAACGUGCGCAUUUCGCCCAGCAGCCAGCAUUGUUUUGGAUGAUCGGCAAGUUCAGUCAAAAAAUAUACGUCAUGAAAGCUGUCCAAUCAGGUUGUGACUCUUUCCUGAUGCCUUUGGUUUUGUAUCGUUAGGUUCGGUGUUAUAAAUGCCUAUGUUAAUGUUAAGAGAUGUAUCAUUUUUGGUCACUUUUUUGGUCCGGACCAAGAGAACCAAACCACAAGUGUGAACACACCCUUACUGAUCUCAUGUGGAUUCUUUUCAUAGAAUUAGGCAUGUAGUAAAUGAUAACACAUUUUAAUGUCACAUUGGUAAAGGUAUAACAUGUAGUCUGUUGACAGGACACUCUAUCGGAUUCAAUAAUUAGUUACAUCUCCCGUGUGCUUAACGCGAGGAGCACUUUUUGUGGGAGUUGCUGUCUAUGUAGAGCGUCCUGAAUCAGUAACUUAUGAGGUUCCAUUCCUUAGAAGGCAACUGCCUAUGUAUGAUAAAAGACAGCAAGGCAGCUCAAUAUGUUUUGGAUCAGAGCUUAUGUGUGCACAGGUGUUCAUGAAUAUGAAACAGUUUUAUAUAAAAUGGUCAAAAAGCACACAUUUUAUGUAUCUCUCUUAAUUCGUUUUAUUUUAAUGCAUUGUAUUGCAUUGUAUUGCACUAAAUUGAUGGGCGGUAUGUUGAGAUAUACAAUGUUCCUCCCUUAAUAAUUAUGUCCUAAACUAUUUAAGGUCUUGGAGUGGAAGCAGCCUCUUCCUGUUGCGUGAAUCAUUAAUGGUAAAUGGUCUGCACUUAUAUAGCGCCUUUUUAAACUUAGCGGUAUUCAAAGCGCUUUACACUGCGUCUCAUUCAACCAUUCAAACACACAUUCACACACCAAUGACAGCAGAGCUUCCAUGCAAGGCACUAGCCUGCCAUUGGGAGCAACUUGGGUUUCAGUGUCUUGCCCAAGGACACUUCGGCAUGUGGAGUCACCAAACCUGCGAUUAGUGGACAACACGCUCUACCACCUGAGCCACAGCCGCCAUUACUCUGUUUAACAGCUGACCCUAAAUAGCACUAUUUUAUUUCACUGAUCAUUGAGAUGCUGUGUUCUUUACUGUGUUUUAAUGGAAAAUGGGCAUCGCUCUUCUGUAAUGUUACAUCACCCCCCUUCGUUUAUUGUCUUGUUCAAAACAUCAUGAUUGCAUAUCAGAAAGCCAUAAGCAGAAUAUCAUUACAAGUCUCCAAGUACACAUAUAUUUCCAUCUUCACAGGCACAUACAAUGCAAAAAUGACACAUGGCUGUAGCGUGCGGUUCAAACCUCCUUCCACUCUUUACCAAUCCUAAGCGUGAACAGGAAAGUGAAAGCAAUAAGAGCAAGUUAGAAAGCAGGAAAUGUCAAGUCCUGCAGCUGAAUACUGAAUAUAGUCAAGGGAAUGAAAAUGUACAGAAAAGUGAAAAAUCAUUAAAAUAUAAAUCAAAAUGAGAAUGAUAGCGAGAAAUGUAUGAUACCGUUGAACAGCUUUGGAUUGGAAUGUAGAAUUAGGCCUGAGGGAUCUCGAGUUGAUUUUCGGAGUGUGCACUGUUAUAUUAAAUACCAUUGGGCAGAUCAUCUUUUUAUACAAGCUGUAAUUUUGACGUAAAUUGUUGUACAGUGUAUAUAACUUAAGUUGUUCAUAUGCAGAUUUUGUAGAUAUUAAACUGCAAUCUUGGCAGGGUUUCGGCAUCCUGCGAGCGCAUUUUGACACAGAUGAAAAGGACAAAUUAACUCACAAAAUCACAAAUUUGCAGAUAUUUUUAGCAUAUACACGAACACAUGCUUUUUGCUUGUGUACGCUUUGUUUUGUUUAGUUUUUUUUUUUUUGUUUGCUGCUCAGUUUUAGACUCAGUAGAUCUUGCUUUUUACUUUCAAAAUAUCAAUUUCUCCUGCCAUUUUUUUAAAUUGUAUUUUUAUUUCUGUUUACAAUGUUUAUAUGAAAGAAAAGGGAUUUACAAUACUUCUGCCUGCUCUAUGAAGGGCGUAUUAUGUUUUCUUAAUUGGUUGUCAUUUGUUUGUUUUAUUCAGUUUGUUCUGUUUACUGUGUAAAACAGUAUUAAAACAUGCCUGUUAUAAAUGUAAAAAAUGUUUAUUCAGUGCUGGAUUUUUGUUUUGUUUGUUUGUUUUGUUUGGUGUUUAUUUUUUUUUUUAAUCAAUGCUAAAAUAAA